AUGCGAGUCGGGAGGAGAGCGCUCCUGGGCGCGCUCGGGAUGCCUGCGGUGCUGCCGCGGCCAGCGCAAGCAGAGGAGCUGUACGCGUGGGGCCUGGUGAAGGGCGACGGCGGGAUGGAACAGGGGUCCCUGGCAUCGCAGGCACUUUCACGCAAGGUCUCUGGGCCGCUGGCGUCGGCCAUGGGCUCGGCCGUGUACGGAGCGGUACAGGACCUCGGGCUCGCCUCCGAGGAGCAGUUCCAGGCGCGGGCGACCAGGCUCCGUCUCCGUGAGUACGGUUACUAUUACGAAGCCAACAAGGACAAGCUCCCCGUGGUUCCGGACCUCGCGGACGGCACGGGCGGGCAAUCGAACCCCACCUUCCUCAACUUCUCCCUCUACGUGACCUGGAAGGCCGCCUUCGGCCUCGUCCAGACCUCCUCCGAGCGCGAGCGCCUCGUGCGCACCGCGGGCGUCAAGUUCGCCGACCUGUGCCUGCCCGACGCGCGAGCGACGCUGCGGGCGUCCGCGGAGGCCAACGGCGGGCGCGCCAAGCCGGAGGUCGUCAAGACCGAGGUCGGGAAGCUGCUGACGGCGCUCGAGGAGGGCAAUUACGUGCUGGGAUCGAGUGCGAUCUGGGGCACGACGCCGUCGGUGGGGAACCCGCAGGCGGACGGGCGCGGGUACAUGCCGAGCACGAGCAUCGACAUCGGGGGCGACGCCGUGCUCCCGGGCGUCACGGGGCUCGCCCCGGGCGAGGUGUUCCAGGUGCGGCUGCUGCGGCCCGCGGACAUCGAGGGCGCGGUGUCGCUCCGCGCGGAGGAGGACGGCGACUGGGGCCACCUGGUGUCGGCGUCGGUGGCGGCGCUGCUCGAGGCGGGCGGAAUCAAGGCCGACGUGGACGAGUACUUCUUCCAGGACUCCUGGGAGCCGCCGCGGACGCUCUGGGAGAAGGUCCUGCUCUUCUUCGGCGACCCGCUGUUCCAGGUGCAGGUGCCGUGGACUCCAACGUCCUUGAUCCAAGACUGGGUAGUCACCGCUUAG